AUGAUGGGAAUGUCACAAUCCCAGAUUGAGCUAUUGGAAGGACCGGCUUUGACUCCUCCACCGGGUGUUACCUCGAAUUUUGAUAAUCCUUAUUCCCUUCGACCAGCAGCCGAUGCGGUCAAGAUAGUGACUACUAUUCUAGCCACUCUGGCUAUUUUCAUACGUGUAUACACUAAGUGGAGGAUUAUUCGAGAGGUACAUUUGGAAGAUUAUAUUGCGGUUGCAGCAUGGUGCGGUUAUGUUGUUUUUAACGUAACAACCGGGUUUGAUCCCAAUGUCUUCGGACGACAUCAAUGGGAUAUUAGAUUGAAGGAUUACCAAACUUUUCUCUAUGGUACUUACAUUACAUCCAUAUCAUUCGGUCUUGCGAUAAUGUCGAUUAAGAUCUCGAUACUGCUACAAUAUAUCCGACUCUUUACUGCAGGAACACGAGAUUUGAUGUUUUGGAGUUGCCAUGCACUUAUGUGGAUAACUAUCGUAUUCUAUACGAUCUUGUUGUUUAUGACGAUUUUCAUUUGUACCCCUAUACCAAAGUUUUGGAACGUACUGGAUACCACGGGUCACUGUCUUGAUGUGAAUUAUCUGUUCCUAGCGACUGGGACGGCGAAUACUAUAACCGAUUUUCUUAUUAUAUUGCUUCCACAACCCAUCAUUUGGAAGCUACAGAUGAGCUUCAAGGAACACGUUGGCGUCUCCGCCGUUUUCUCAACGGGACUUCUGGCUUGCAUAGCAUCCAUGGCUCGACUAUUCGUUUCAUUAAAACUACUGAAGAAUCCCGACGCUACCUGGUACACGAGUAUCAUGUGUAUUCCCUCAUAUGUAGAGCUAGGAGCCGGUAUCAUCACAAGCUGUCUACCGACAUUACCGAAAUUCUUCAAAACGAUGUCGCAGAUACCCCGCGUGUCGAGAAUGUGUAGUUUUGUCUCUUCGCUCUCGAAGUCUUCUAAUUCGUCUGUCGAGUCUAAAGAGUCGAAGGAGAGGAGUGAUAAUUCUUCCUGGAAUCAACAUCGCAGGAUGCCGUCGGGGACAAGGGGUGAGAGGAGGGGGUCAGAAAGCUACGAUGUGUUAGAGGAGUGGGAGGGACAUAAUGCUGCUUUUUCGACGGUCAGCUUGGGGAAUACAGCGACGGCUACGGGGAUGAGAAAUGAAGGGGGUAAUUCGCAGAUGAAGUGUGUUGAUGAGGAACGAGGAAUCUUGAGAUCGGUGCAGAUUUCGAUUGUUCGUCAGGGUCCAUUGAGUGGUGAAGGGAGGAAUGCUCCUAUGGUUUGA